UCUUCCCUCUCGACAGAUUAUAUUCACAGCCAGAGCAAACAAAAGGAAGGGAAUUUAAGAAAAAAAGAGGAAAGAUCAAGCGACCCUCCCUUCUUCCUUUGAUUUCCCCUUAUGAGGAAGAAGAGAUCGUAGAAUUCUCGAGUCCUUCCUUUUUUUUUUGUAAAUUUAUUCUUCUAAAUCUCCGUUUCUUUUAAAUUUCUUGGGGGGUGUUUCCGGUAAAUUAAUAUGGGGACUGAAGUUUUACGGCCUCAGGAUUGUUUGAUCGAAAGGAUCCGGGUUGCUCCGGCGGCUUGUUCUCGCCGGAGAUACGGAAAUGGUAGCUUUAACCCUAGUUAUUAUUAUAAUAAUAACAAUAACAACAGCGGAAAUGGUAGAUUUAACAGGAAACCCGCUCAGAGGAAGCGGACCGGGUCGGAGCAGGCGAUUACGAAGAGAUCUGGUUCCGUCGAUGACUUGAAGACGGUGAGGAACAAUGUUACGAUGGAGAAGGUUACGAUUUUGAGAAGAGGAGAGUCGUUGGAUUCGAAGAUCAAGAGCAGCGGUGGAAGGGAAGGCGGGUUGGUUGUUACGGGUACGGAUCGUUUGGGUCCGGGUCCUGAAAUGGUCCGGAAGCAGAUCAGGAUUGUGGAUAUUAGGUCUGCGGUGACCGCAAAAUCUGACAUGUACGCCGGAUCUGCGUUCGCGGUCUCUCCGGCUCCGAGUUCGCUUCCUUUGCCGUCUUUCUCGAAGAAAAAACAGGUUUCUAUCGAUGAUUCAGCUACUAGGGAUCUCCGUCGCCUGCUCCGACUUGAUCUCUGAUAUCCGAAUGUAGAUUUGGAUCCAAAAAAGAAGUAUCCAUGUCUUCGUCAUUAUCUCUCUCUCUCUCUCGCGAUCGGUUCGUCUCUAGUUAGAUCUCUCCGGAUAUUUCAAGAUCCGAUUACCUCCGUGAUAUUUUUUACAAAGCGGUGGACGGAUUUGAAAAUCGGAGAAAAGAUUAGGGGCGAUUAGAUAAAUAUUCCAAGUUGUAUCAGUUUAUGGGUUAAAAAAAAAGUGUGGGUCUGUCUCUUAUUAUGGGAUGAUGAAGAAAAAAGAAAAAGGAAGAAAAAUUAAGGGGGGUUGAAAUGUAAUAUUAAGGAAUUGUAGGUGUGGGGUUGGGUUUUUAAAUGUCGGGCUGUAAUGAAUCUGUGUUGUGCUCUGUUGUGAAGAAGAAAAAAAUUGUAAGAGAGAUUUGCAAUCUCGUCCCUUUGUUGUAAAGUAAAAGAUAAAUUAGGGAGUAAUCUGAGCAGAUUUCUUUAUAGUUUA